AGCGAAAAGUUUUUGCUAGGGGCACACCUGCUUGGAUUAAAAAAUGGAAGAAAGUUCCCAGUUCAGCAGAGAUGAAAGUGAACCACAAGUAAGCACUAGGGCUUUUACUAUAGAAUCUUUUUACAAGGAGUACGCGAGAAUUAAAGAAGCCCGUGUUACCAACAUAACUGUUAAACGACCUAAUGAAGAUUAUAUGAAAAAACUUGACUCUACGAUUAAAAAAAACUCGGCUUUUGUUAAAAGGCUACGCAACCUUAGCGAGGAUCAAAGUAAAGCGUUGGAACAUGAUUUUCUAAAUUUAAAUCUGACCAAGUACAUCAGCGAGGCAGUUAACGCCAUUUGCGAAGCCAAGUUGAAGACUUCUGACGUCAUUACUGCUGUUAAUCUCUGUUCUCUGUUUCAUCGACGUUAUUCGGAUUUUAAGCUUCUAUUUACUACUUCUAUUACCAGAAUUUUUUCGGACGUUCUUUCCUUUGAUAAGAAAGAAAAGGGGACUUUAAAAAAUGACGAUCUUUCUAAAAACUUGAGGAAGUACCGAACAGCUUUACGUCUUCUCGGCGCACUCGUUGUUGAGGGAAUUGUUGACGACUACCAACUUUUGAUUAAUAUACUUUCUGACGUGUGUGGAGUUGAUGAAGGACAGUACCUUUUUUUAACGGCUGUCAUAUCUUUUUUAAAAGGAUCCGGGGAGCUUCUUCUCAACGCCCCUUCCCGAUCGACAAGGCUUCUAUUGGAAAAACAUUGUUGCUCUCUUCCAGCGCUUAAUAUUUUGCCCGAGGAGUGUAGAAGCCGUCUGAAAAGUGUAUUGGGCCGGUACUUUUGCUCGGCCUCGGGCCAUUUACUUCAUUUGCAUGAAGAGCUGCACGAUAUGGAACAACAAAACCAUUCCGUGCUCCAGCUUAGAGGAUUUCUGAGCGCAGACUCAAAAGAGGCUUAUGAGAAGCUUCUUGUUAGUUACGAGAAGAUGAUCACGAACGUUACCGCGCUGGCUGAUCUACUAGAUCUGGAGGUGCCCCAGUUGCCCGUUUAUACUGCAGAAGCUACGCGCCUAACAGAAGGACCCGGCCAGGGCAUCGAGCUAUCUGAUCCCUGCGAAAAUUCGGAAGUGAGUGUCUGGGACGACUGGGAGCAGAGAUCCUUUUAUGAAGACCUAUUAGAUCUUAAGAAAGCCGUGCCUGGUGGUUUAUUGGAAAAGCAGGCAUCCAAAAAUUUAGAGGGCGAAAAACAAAAAAGAGAUGCUGAGGAACCCAAAGAAGCUCCGCGCACGACACUGUUGACCCAGCUCGACCAACUCCUUCUUCGCAUGCCUCUUUGCGUUAGUAAAGAUGAUGCGGAUAAGAUAGCUGUUGACUUUUGCUUCUUGAACGCGAAAUCUACCAGGAAGAGGCUAGUCAAGGCUCUCUUUAACAUCCCCAGAACUAGAUUGGAUCUCAUCCCGUACUACGCGAGGCUCGCUGCGGUUGUUAGCCCCCAUUUGCCCGAUGUAGGCUCUAAGCUCGCCCAGCUUCUUGACGAAGAGUUUCAACAACAUAUGCAGAAAAAAGAGCAAGGGAACCUAGAGGCGCGCAUACGCAACGUCCGCUUCAUCGCCGAGCUUACAAAGUUUUCUAUUGUCCCUCAUCGGGUCGCUUUGGACUACUUUCAAGCGCUGCUCAAUGAUUUUACCCACCACACAGUUGACGUUACCUGCCACUUUCUAGAGAAUUGCGGCAGAUACCUUUACCGCUCCAGCCAAAGCAGUAUUCGUUGCAAAAAUCUUUUGGGCGUUAUGAUGCGAAAGCGUCGGGUUUUGCAUCUGGACAACCGGCAGACCACAGCAGUGGAGAAUGCUUACUACUUCUGUAAUCCUCCUGACAGGCUUGCCUAUAAAAAAAGUAACCGCACCCCCACCCAGUUAUACAUACAGAAGCUCCUUUAUAAGGACUUAAACAAAAUGUCUGUGGAGCGCGUACUGAAGCAGUUGCGAAAGCUUAACUAUGAAGACCUUACCACCUUGCAUUACGUAAUCUCCUCCUUGUCGAAGCCGUGGAAGGUCAAAUACUACAACGUGUACUGUCUCGCUUCAUUGGUUGCUGGCCUUUCAAGAUGGUAUGAUGAAGUUGGGGUCUGCGUCGUCGACGAUCUCCUCGAGGAAGUACGGAUCGGGUUGGAGACCAACAUUGUCUCCAAUAAUCAAAGGCGCUUGACGGUUGUUAAGUUUUUAGGCGAAUUGUACAACUUCAGGGUCUUGGAUUCCUCCACCUUGUUUGACACGAUGUACACUAUCCUCUUUUUUUCUCAUAACGUCGUGAAUUCGGACACCCCGUUUGCAUCGCCUCUCGAUGGCCCGACAGAUUAUUUUAGAAUCCGCCUCAUUUGUGCAUUCAUCGACACCUGCGCUCCUUACUUUGAUAGCUCAUCCACUAAAAAGAAAUUUAAGUACUACUUGCAUUACUUUCAAUGGUAUAUACUUUCAAAGAGUCAGCCGCUUCCUCUGGAUAUCGACUUCCUUCUGCAAGAUACAUUUGAAACUCUUCGGCCGCCUUUCCGGUUGUGCGAAACAUAUAAUCAGGCCAAGGCAGAGAUUGAACGGCUACAAGAGACAUUUACUAAACUUACUUUAAAUUGCUUAAGCAACAAUGAAGUUUUAGACGAAACGGACGAAAAUAUGAGCGACACUCUCUUGGAACCGGAGGCUAACAGCGAUGAACUUACAGCGAGUCAACGCCCGUCCUCAUGUGCCGAUCCGGAAGGUUCCGAUGAUCACGAAGAGAGCAUUAUUCUGCGAGGAAAGGUUAAGCAAGUACUAGUGGAAGAAGAUGAAGCCUUCCUAUCUGAACUCGGAUCAUUAAUUAAUGAAUCGCAUAUUUCGGGGCGGAACACACCUGGUUCCUCGGUCUCGGAUCUCGCGCUACCUUCCAUCCACCGUAAGGAAAACGGUGUUCCUAGCUCUCUCAGCUAUCAUUCUCAGUCGAAAACUUAUGACGCAUCUCGUCUAAUAGCAAGCAAAUUUUCCGAGACUUCAUGGAGGGUCAUGACGAGAGGGAAAGGGUGCAAACACCACUUUAAGAAAAUCGAGCUUCCAAAGGAAUCUAGCUGGGUAGUAAAUUUUAGAAACAGACAUCAAGAAGAAGAGGCCGAGAGGGACGAGAUGAAGCGCUUUAUAUUGGAGUAUCAAGAAAGAACGGUUGAGGAGGAGAGUAGUGAUGGUUUUAUAAAAGCCUCUUUUACUCCGCAAAGUAAGCUAAACAGAAGCCAGAAAGGAAGAAAACAUUUUACAUUACGUAGAUACCAGAAUUAACAUUCUUGCGCAGCGCUCCCCAAGACUUACUUGAGUAUCUUUUACCACUGUACAGUAC